CUAUUUAGGUUUGUUAUCUCUAUCUAGACGUGUUUUUGUACUUUUUGAAAGACAUUACUCGUGUUUUCACUUUCGUGGGCGAGACAAGUCUGUUCAUCGCGUUAUUCCUUCUAAAAUAGGCUGUUGUCGGUUUAUUUGAAAUUUGAAUGUUCUAAGGGAUUCAAAUAAAAUUAAGAAAAUAUGACAGCGGCAAAACAUAAAGACACGGAAAGUGCUGAAGAAUCUCCUGAAGACAAACAAGUUUGGAGAGAUUUGGUUGGAUUUUGGAUCCUUGGCUUGUGCAAUAAUUUCGGUUACGUUGUUAUGCUGAGUGCUGCCCACGAUAUUAUAGCUCGAUUUGAUACUCAGACAAAACAUGUUGAAGAAGUCAAAAGUGAAGUUCUACAGCGACAAUGUCAUAUCGUCAGUACUGGUGCUAUACUUUUAGCUGAUGUGGUACCAGGCCUUGUAGUCAAGGUAAUCGUUCCAUUCUUACCGUUUUGGGUUAAUACAAGAGUUAUAUCGGCUAUAUUCCUAACUUCAAUGAGCUUUUUGUUGGUUGCAUUUGCUAACAGUGAUGUGAUUGCAAUUAUAGGUGUUGCGUGUACUUCUGCUGCGUGUGGCAUUGGAGAGUCAACAAUUCUAGCAUAUACUUCAAAUUAUAACAAAAAUACUCUUUCAACAUGGUCAUCUGGUACUGGAGGUGCUGGAAUAAUUGGUUCCAUUGCCUAUGCGGGGCUUGUAGCUAUAGGUUUAAACUCAAGGGACACAAUGUUAAUUAUGAUGUCGGUUCCACUUCUGCAGUGUGUAGCAUUUUGGGUAAUUUUGCGAAAACCCCAAGAAAAAAGCGAUACUGCCAUCUCUGUCAUUGAUAUGUCUGAAGAUUCCCAAAAACUUGAAGGCUAUUUGGAAAGGCUUAAGUACAUGUCAAAGUUACUGAAGUACAUGAUUCCAUUAUUGUUUGUGUACUUUUUCGAAUAUUUCAUAAAUCAAGGAUUGUUUGAAUUGGAGUACUUUGAAAAUUCAUUCCUCGACAAAGAAGCUCAAUAUCGUUGGUUAUGUGUGGACUAUCAAAUUGGAGUCUUCAUAUCACGUUCUUCGGUGAAUCUGAUAAGUUUCCGACAAAUUUGGAUUCUAUCGUUGCUGCAAUUCUUCAAUGUUGUCUAUUUCUUGACUGAAGUUAUAUACUUUUAUUCACCAACUAUUUGGAUACCCUUUGCUGUGGUCUUGUGGGAAGGUCUACUUGGCGGUGGGGCAUAUGUGAAUACGUUUUAUAGAAUGGCCAAGGAUAUUCCACAAUCAAGGAGGGAGUUUGCAAUUGGUGUGACUGUCCAGGCUGACUCGCUGGGGAUCAUGAUAGCUGGAUUCCUGGCUUUGCCGGUGCAUAAUGCUAUUUGUAGAAUGCCAGAAUACAAGAGACUUACAUUUUCGUAAGGCAGUUUUAGGUUGGCAUACGAUUCGAUUCUAGUUUUAAGAAAUAUUUACCUGUAAGAUAAAAAGUAUUAUUAUUAAAUAAUUAUGCGAAAACGUAAUAAUGUUAAUAA